AGCUUCAGGAAGGCCAUGUCGUGUGGGGUCCUCCUGCAAGGCAAGCACAUUUUCCUUCCUACUCAAGUGCAUUUUCCUCUGCUCCCGACCCUUCAGGGUCUCUUCUUUGAUGACUCCUAUGGCUUCUACCCAGGCCAAGUGCUCAUUGGCCCUGCUAAGAUCUUCUCCAGUGUCCAGUGGCUCUCGGGGGUCAAGCCUGUACUCAGCACCAAAAGCAAGUUCCGUGUGGUGGUGGAGGAGGUUCAGGUUGUGGAGUUGAAAGUCACGUGGAUUACCAAGAGUUUCUGCCCUGGGGGCACGGACAGCGUUAGCCCCCCACCUUCUGUCAUCACUCAGGAAAACCUAGGCAGGGUGAAGCGUCUCGGAUGCUUUGACCAUGCUCAGCGGCAGCUUGGGGAACGCUGUCUAUAUGUCUUCCCAGCCAAGGUAGAGCCGGCCAAGAUUGCCUGGGAAUGUCCAGAAAAAAACUGCGCCCAGGGGGAGGGCUCUAUGGCCAAGAAGGUGAAGCGCCUAUUGAAGAAACAGGUUGUGAGGAUCAUGUCCUGCGCCCCAGAUACCCAGUGCCCUAGGGAUCACUCCAUGGAGGACCCAGACAAGAAAGGGGAAGCCAGAGCCAAGAGUGAAGUAGGGUCUACCAGCCCCGAGGAGCAGCCUGACGGGUCCGCCAGCCCAGUGGAGAUGCAAGACGAGGGGCCAGAGGAGCCUCAGGAGACCGGCGAGCCACUGCCCCCCUUCCUGCUGAAGGAGGGCGCAGAGGACGGGCUGCACUCGGCAGAGCAGGAUGCCGACGACGAGGCCGCUGAUGACACAGAUGACAGCAGCUCAGUGACCUCCUCCGCCAGCUCGACGACCUCCUCCCAGAGCGGCAGCGGCACUGGUCGCAAAAAGAGCAUUCCCUUGUCCAUCAAAAACUUGAAGCGAAAACACAAGAGAAAGAAGAAUAAGAUUACGCGUGACUUCAAGCCUGGGGACAGGGUGGCCGUGGAGGUGGUGACUACAAUGACCUCAGCUGACGUGAUGUGGCAGGACGGCUCUGUGGAAUGCAACAUCCGUUCCAACGACCUCUUCCCGGUACACCACCUGGACAACAACGAAUUCUGCCCCGGAGACUUUGUGGUGGACAAGCGAGUCCAGAGCUGCCCAGACCCUGCUGUCUAUGGUGUGGUGCAGUCCGGGGACCAUGUUGGCCGUACCUGCAUGGUGAAGUGGUUCAAACUGCGGCCUAGUGGGGAUGACGUGGAGCUCAUUGGAGAGGAGGAGGAUGUGAGUGUCUACGACAUCGCUGACCACCCUGACUUUCGCUUCCGCACAACUGAUAUUGUCAUCCGCAUUGGGAACACUGAGGACGGGGCUCUGCCCAAGGAGGAUGAGCCAUCAGUGGGCCAGGUGGCCCGAGUAGACGUCAGUAGCAAGGUGGAAGUGGUGUGGGCUGACAACUCAAAAACCAUCAUCCUGCCACAGCACUUAUACAACAUCGAGUCUGAGAUCGAGGAGUCGGACUACGAUUCGGUAGAAGGCAGCACCAGUGGAGCGUCUUCGGAUGAGUGGGAAGAUGACAGUGACAGCUGGGAGACAGACAAUGGGCUGGUAGAUGACGAGCACCCCAAGAUAGAAGACCUGGCCAUCCUACCCCCAGAGCAGCUGGCUGCCCCUGAGGAGGACAAGGGGGUGGUAAUCAGUGAAGAGGCAGCCACAGCUGCCAUCCAGGGAGCCGUGGCCAUGGCUGCCCCCGUGGCAGGGCUGAUGGAGAAAGCUGGCAAGGAUGGGCCUCCCAAGAGUUUCCGGGAGCUGAAAGAGGCCAUCAAGAUCCUGGAGAGCCUCAAGAACAUGACUGUGGAGCAGCUGCUCACAGGGUCCCCCACCUCUCCCACGGUGGAGCCUGAGAAGCCGACCCGGGAGAAGAAGUUUCUGGACGACAUCAAGAAGCUCCAGGAGAACCUCAAGAAGACCCUAGACAAUGUGGCCAUCGCUGAGGAGGAGAAGAUGGAGGCGGUGCCCGACACAGAACGCAAGGAAGACAAACCCGAGGCACAGUCACCAGUGAAGGCCGAGUGGCCCAGUGAGACUCCUGUGCUCUGUCAACAGUGUGGUGGAAAACCUGGUGUCACCUUCACCAGUGCCAAGGGCGAGGUGUUCUCUGUGCUGGAGUUUGCACCCUCAAACCACUCCUUCAAGAAGAUCGAGUUCCAGCCUCCAGAAGCCAAGAAGUUCUUCAGCACAGUACGAAAGGAGAUGGCUCUGCUGGCCACCUCCCUGCCCGACGGCAUCAUGGUCAAGACAUUCGAGGACAGGAUGGCAAGUGGGCUGCUGGGAACUUGGGGACCAUUGGGGACUAAGGUGUAGCAGCACCCACAGGGG